GCUGUAUUAAAAAAUGAAUGUGGUGUUGCCAUGGCGACAAAUAGUUGAAAAAUGUCUGUGCUGGAGAAAAUUCGCGCUCUAUCAUUUCCUCCAGAUUAUUUGAGUCUAGAAUACAUAUCAAACUGCAAAGACUUAAAAGAGCUAGAAAAGAUAUUAAUAACCUUGAGGGACGAUGAAGGUGGCUUGUACUCUCAUUUGCUAGCCUGCGUCGAAGAGCGAAUCUCGCAUUUAAAUCCUAACAACUUGCUUUUAAAAUACGGUUCAGGAGUUGUUCCAUUAUCAGAUCUUGAUAAAGAACAUCUAGAUCCUCUUAUGGAAGAAAUGAGCGCUUGGCAAAAGCAAAUGCAUUCUUUGGAGCAAACUAUUACCACAGCUGAAAGAGAGGCAAAAUUGGUACCACCAGUCAGGGAUGGAGGUUUGCUGGAAACUGGCAAGAAAUCUGUGAGCAACGUCAAGGAGAAAAAAGAAGAUUGGAGUGAGUUUAGUACCGAGAAAGAGCUUCGUCUUGAGGUUGACAAGGAGAGAAGAAGGAACGCAGCUCUUUUGUUGCAAAAAAAGACAACCGGUAGCAGUUUUUUUACUAACUCGACACCGAUGGGAUCUCUUGCCAAAGAGGAAAGGGAAAUAUUAGCGUUGAGAGAAAAGCAAAAGGGCAAUGAAUGUUUUAAAUCUGAGGAUUACAAAGAGGCGAUUAGGUUCUACUCUAAUAGCAUUGCAAUCAACCCAUCAGUUGAAGCCUUCAACAAUAGGGCACUUGCUUUCAUGAAAGGUGAAAAUUAUUUGCUCUGUCUGAAGGACUGCGGUGCAGUUCUUAGUGAAGAUCCAAACAACAUCAAAGCUUUACUGAGAUGCGGUUCCUCUCAUUCUAAGCUGAAUAAUAGACUUUUGGCUUUGGAAGCUUUCCGUAAAGUCCUUGAAAUUGAGCCAGACAAUAAAUUGGCUCUGAAGGAAGUGCAGAAGUUAGAGAUUAAACUGAUAGUGCCUGAGGCCAAAAAUACCUCAAGAAGCGGCAAAUCACCACUGAUUGAAGAAAUAUGAUUACCAAAAUAGCAUCUUUUUCUAUGAAAUAUUCUUUCAAAUAGCAAAUAGCAC